CUAUUCUUUCAAUUAAGUGCAAAAAGUAGGCCUCAAAAGGAAAAGAUGACUAUUAAUGAAAUUUGGCUCCUGCCCAUUCCUGCUCCACUGAACAGAGGCCUCACAUUAUUAGUCACAUUCGUUUCAGAAGUAGUGCAGGGCAACAAUAUAUAAUGACAUGAGCUUCCACAUACUACAGCCAAGCUCUCUCAAAUCUAUGGUCUGGGCAAGGGGAAAACUACACCUUCUUGGUAUUGAUAUCGUGACUAUUGAAGACAAGGGCAGGAAAGGGGGCAGAGAAUUGAUCAAAUCUCCUGUACUUCAAGUUCCCAAGAUCCCACAUCAGAGAAUCAGAUAGUGCGUGUUACCCCGUUUAUUCAUCCAUGGCGGACGUUGCCAAGGACUUGACUGCUGGGACGAUCGGAGGGGCUGCACAGCUGAUCGUCGGUCACCCAUUUGACACCGUAAAGGUGAAGCUCCAGAGCCAGCCGGCACCUCUUCCAGGCCAACCUCCCAAGUACGCCGGUGCCAUGGAUGCCGUCAAGAAGACUCUGACUGCAGAGGGGCCUAGAGGCCUGUACAAGGGCAUGGGAGUUCCUCUUGCUACUGUAGCCGCAUUCAAUGCAGUUCUCUUCUCAGUCAGGGGUCAGAUGGAGUCCCUUCUCCGGUCUGAGCCCGGCGCACCACUGACCAUCGGCCAGCAGAUGAUCUGUGGUCUGGGUGCCGGAGUUGCAGUCUCAUUUCUAGCAUGCCCAACUGAGUUGAUCAAAUGCAGGUUGCAGGCGCAGAGUGCCUUGGCUUCGGCUGCAGGCUCGGCUGCCGUCAAGUAUGGCGGCCCAAUGGACGUCGCCCGGCACGUCCUGAGAUCCGAAGGCGGCAUGGUGGGUCUCUUCAAAGGGCUCGUACCGACCUUGGCGAGGGAGGUCCCCGGCAACGCCGUCCUGUUCGGGACGUACGAACUGCUCAAGCAAUCUCUCGCCGGCGGCAAGGACACGUCCAAGCUCGGGCAGGGGUCGCUGAUGCUCGCCGGCGGUCUGGGCGGCGCUUCCUUCUGGCUAGCAGUUUAUCCCACAGAUGUUGUCAAAAGCGUGAUUCAGGUUGACGACUACAAGAAUCCUAAGUACUCUGGCUCCAUGGAUGCCUUCAAGAAGAUCCUGAGGUCUGAAGGGGUGAAGGGCCUGUACAGAGGGUUCGGACCGGCCAUGGUGAGAAGCAUUCCGGCGAAUGCUGCAUGCUUUCUUGCUUAUGAGUUGACGAGGUCCAGCCUGGGAUGAGGGGCGGUGCUCUGCUGCCCUUAUUUUUUUGGCAAGGAAGAAGCCUUGCCGGUAGAGCGAUCUGGAUGAUUCUCUCUUCAUCUUGUCUUCAAUAAGUAGUUGUUCCUGCUCUGUUCUUGCUCUGCUAAUAAACAUCGGUUCUUCAA